UGACUGGGUGCAGGCAGCGACCUGUCUCUUUAAGUUGGAGUCAAAGCCGAUUAUUGCUGAUCUCCGUGGUGACUCUGCGUCUCCGCGCUGCAGGACGCGCGUCUCCGCGGCGUGAAGUCCAGCACCGAGUCCGGAGCUGUGAUGCCUCGGGUCACAGUGUGAGGAGCUGAAGCACCGACACAGACAAGAGAAGAGGAGAGAGAUGCAGAAGGGCGUGCGCUACAACGAGGGCCACGCGCUCUACCUGUCCGUGGCCGCGCGCAAAGACGGCUCCAAACGCGGGUUCCUCAGCAAGAAGAGCCCGGAGAACAGCCGCUGGGCAGAGAGGUUCUUCGCUCUCUACCAGAACGUGCUCUUCUACUUCGACAACGACCAGAGCUCGAGGCCCUCGGGGAUCUACCUGCUGGAGGGCUGCACCUGCGAGAGGUCACCUGCGCCGAAGGUGUCCGCCGGCAGCAGGGAGGAGAAGCAGCAGCACUACUUCCUGGUGAUUUUUGGCCACGAUGGACAGAAACCGUUGGAGCUGCGGACGGAGGAAGAGUCGGACUGCAACGAGUGGGUGGAGUGCAUCCAGCAGGCCAGUUACUCUGACAUCAUCAUCGAGCGUGAGAUCCUCAUGCAGAAGUACAUCCACCUGGUCCAGAUCAUGGAGACGGAGAAGAUCGCAGCCAAUCAGCUCCGCACCCAGCUGGAGGACCAGGACACCGAGAUCGAGAGGCUCAAAGCCGAGAUUAUCGUUGUGAACAAAACCAAGGAGAGGAUGCUUCCUUACCAGAACAACCAGGAGGAGGAAGACCCCGAUAUUAAAAAGAUCAAAAAGGUUCAGAGCUUCAUGCGCGGCUGGCUCUGCCGGAGGAAAUGGAAGAUCAUCGUCCAAGACUACAUCAGCUCGCCGCACGCCGAGAGCAUGAGGAAGAGGAACCAGAUCGUCUUCAACAUGGUGGAGGCGGAGACGGAGUACGUCCACCAGCUCUCCAUCCUGGUCAACUGCUUCCUGCGGCCGCUCCGCAUGGCGGCCAGCUCCAAGAAGCCUCCCAUCAGCCACGACGACGUCAGCACCAUAUUCCUCAACAGUGAGACCAUUAUGUUUCUUCACGAGAUCUUCCAUCAGGGUCUCCAAGCUCGGAUCGCCAACUGGCCCACGUUAGUUCUGGCCGACCUGUUCGACAUCCUGCUGCCGAUGCUGAACAUCUACCAGGAGUUCGUUCGGAACCAUCAGUACAGUCUGCAGGUUCUGGCAAACUGUAAGCAGAACCGAGACUUUGACAAACUGCUGAAACAGUACGAGUCCAACGCCGCCUGUGAGGGACGGAUGCUGGAGACGUUCCUCACAUAUCCCAUGUUCCAGAUUCCUCGAUACAUCAUCACUCUUCACGAGCUGCUGGCUCACACUCCUCAUGAACAUGUGGAGCGCAAAAGUCUGGAGUUCGCCAAAUCCAAACUGGAGGAGCUGUCGAAGAUGAUGCAUGAUGAGGUGAGCGACACGGAGAACAUCAGGAAGAAUCUGGCCAUAGAGAGGAUGAUCGUAGAGGGAUGUGACAUCCUGUUGGACACCAGUCAGACCUUCGUCAGACAAGGCUCCCUCAUCCAGCUGCCGUCCAGCAGUGAGCGUGGGAUGCUCAGUAAGGUCCGUCUGGGUUCACUCUCUCUGAGGAAGGAAGGAGAGCGCCAGUGUUUCCUGUUCACCAAGCACUUCCUCAUCUGCACACGAACAUCUGGAGGGAAGCUCCACCUGCUGAAGCAAGGCGGCACGUUGUCUCUGAUAGAGUGCACUCUCAUCGAAGAACUAGACGCCAACGAUGAGGACUACAACGCAGCAGGUCAAGGCUUCAACCACCUGGAGUUCAAGGUCGUGGUGGAGCCUCCGGACGGUCAGCCCUUCUCUGUCGUCCUAUUGGCUCCCUCUCGCCAGGAAAAGGCUGCCUGGACCAGCGAUAUCAGCCAGUGCAUUGAUAAUAUCCGAUGUAACGGCCUGAUGACCAGCGUGUUUGAGGAGAACUCCAAAGUUUCUGUGCCGCACAUGAUCAAAUCUGACGCCCGACUGCACAAAGACGACGUCGACAUUUGCUUCAGCAAAACGUUAAACUCCUGUAAGGUCCCUCAGAUCCGGUACGCCAGCGUGGAGCGGCUUCUGGAGCGGCUGACGGAUCUGCGGUUCCUCUCCAUCGACUUCCUGAACACCUUCCUGCACACCUACAGGAUCUUCACCACCGCCGCCGUCGUCAUCGACAAGCUGGCCGACAUCUACAAGAAGCCGUUCACCUCCAUACCUGUGAGGAUCGAGCAGCAUUCAUGUGACCGUCUGUCCAUCAUGUCCCUCUGUCCUGACUACAGUCUGAAGAUCACUCAGCUUGCUCUGGAUCAGUCCAAGUCUCUGGAGCUCUUCUUCGCCACCAACCAGGGUUCAUGGGGUACGGAUCCGUUAAACAAUAAAUCCCCGAGGCUUUGCCGCAAGUUCUCCUCCCCCUCCUCUCAUCAUCCCCUCCCGCACCUCCUCCCCGUCCACUGCCGCAAGCUCUCCCUCAACUCCCCCAUCGGAGGUAAAGCCGGAGCCCUGGACCUCUCCACCACGCCGACCUCCUCCGCGGCCAGCUCCCCCACCUCCACCCACAGCCCCUCCAUCUGCUCCCCUCCUCCCACCUCCACCAGGCCCUUCUCCUCUGGUUUCUCCUCGCCGCCGCCCACCGGCCCUCGCUCCCCCAUCCUCCCCCAGGCCUCCGGGUUGUCCCCCCCGUCGCCGACCCCCGUCUCCACCAAGGCCGCACUGGACCUCAGCCGUGGCCCCGCCUCCCCUGAGCUGAGCCCAUCUGUAGGGGAGGACGUGAGCGGGGAGCUUCCUCGCAUCGACGCCUUCUGUGGGAAGCUGAGGCGCAGCAUCCGCAGAGCUGUCCUGGAGUCAGUUUCUCUGGAUAAGUUCUUCCCUGAAACACCAGUCGGCAGCGAGCCGGGCGACAUGUCUCCCUGCCGCUCUCCUUCAACGCCGAGGCAUCUCCGCUACAGACAGUCUGGAGUCUCUCCGGGGGAGAACUCUCGCUGCACGAUGUCUCCGGCCUCUGCGUUUGCCAUCGCCACCGCAGCCGCCGGUCACAGCAGCUCCCGAGUGAGUACAGCAACACGUGAGGGUUUUACUAAUUCUGACAAAGUCUGUGACAAAGAAUUCAUCAUCCGGCGAGCGGCGACCAACAGAGUUCUGAACGUGCUGCGACACUGGGUCUCCAAACACUCACAGGACUUUGACAUGAACAGCGAGCUGAAGAUGGGGGUGAUCUGUCUGUUGGAAGAAGUUCUACGAGAUCCAGACCUGCUGCCACAAGAGAGGAAAGCAACGUCCAACAUAUUAAGUGCCCUUUCUCAAGAAGAACAAGAUGAUGCUCAACUGAAGAUAGAAGACAUAUUACAGAUGAAAAGCUGUCCUCUACUUCACUUCAUUGUGGCGGAGAGCCCUAAAGCCGAGUGCUUUGAGUCUCUCUCAGCGAUGGAGCUGGCAGAACAGAUCACACUACUGGAUCACAUCGUGUUCAGGGGUAUUCCCUACGAGGAGUUCCUCGGUCAGGGCUGGAUGAAGGUCGACAAGUCGGAGAGGACUCCAUACAUCAUGAAGACCAGCCAGCACUUUAAUGACAUGAGUAACCUGGUGGCGUCUCAGAUCAUGACCCACACUGAUGUAGGCUCCAGGGCCAACUCCAUAGAAAAGUGGCUCGCGGUGGCCGACAUCUGCCGCUGCCUCAACAACUACAACGGCGUGCUGGAGAUCACCUCCGCCCUCAACCGCAGCGCCAUCUACAGGCUGAAGAAGACGUGGGCAAAAGUCUGCAAACAGACAAAGGCACUCAUGGACCGGCUGCAGAAGACGGUUUCAUCAGAAGGGAGGUUCAAGAAUCUCAGAGAGACGCUAAAAAACUGUAACCCUCCAUGUGUCCCAUACCUGGGCAUGUACCUCACCGACCUGGCUUUCAUUGAGGAGGGAACGCCAAACUUCACGGAGGAGGGCCUCGUUAACUUCUCCAAGAUGAGGAUGAUUUCUCAUAUUAUCCGGGAGAUCCGUCAGUUCCAGCAAGCACCUUACAGGAUAGAGCACCAACCCAAGGUGACUCAGUUCCUCCUGGACAAGACGCUAGUGAUGGAUGAAGAUACCCUCUACGAGCUCUCGUUAAAGAUCGAACCCCGAGUACCACCUGGCUAAUUAUAACUCAAUUUCAUACACAAACAUGAUGUAUAUAUUUUACAAUAUCAAUCAUGGACGCAACUUGAGAUUCUCUCUUAAUUAAUAAAGCAGGGGUUGUUUCAUGAAACACCACCAGUUAUUGUGCUUCGGAAACUCAGGAGAUAACGUGCCUUGUUGUAUAAAUAUAUCCAAUGUGUAUAUUUAGUAAUCAGAAUGAACUGCACAACAUACACAACUCUGCCGUGCUGUUGUACAGUUAUGACUGUAGAAAUGACCAUGUUAGUUACUAAACAUUGCACUAGAAAGUAACCAGAUGCUGCUACCACAUUGUAAAUACCAAACAAUAUGCCUCUGUAGUCUCUCACUUAAACAUUGUCAGGUCAAUUUUACAUUAUUAUUUACAGUAUGAUCAUUGCCGGAUUAACCCGCUUCGGGUCCCGGGGGCCCUAAAGGUUUGCUGUGUGGUAGUUUCCAAAUUAAUUCAGAAAUAUGCACCAAUGUAUAUGUAAUGCAUAGGCACGGGAUGGAAGUUGAUAAUUCAACUUUUUUGGGGGGGUAGCAAAACGAGCUUUAAACACAACGCUUAUAUUAUCAUCACAUGAAGAUGAUAUGGGGUUCUCAAAAAGUUGCCUGUUACACAUCCAGCAAACAAGGAACAUUGUAGUUAAUUUCCACCAACUCCAGCAGGAAAUAUCUGACUUUAGCUGCUAAAUGCUUCACUCUCUUAACAAGUUAUUCUCUAACUUUGGGUGUUUGCAACAUACAGUGGGUCUUUAAAACUUUUUCGCCGUAGACAUAAGUAUAUAAGAAGUGGACGUGGUCGUGUUGACGUCACCAGUUGGUUUGUGAACUGCCGCUUGGAAGCCUUGAGUUUUUCGAUUUCGCCGUCGCCAUCUUGGAUUAUGGCUGUCGCCGUGUUGUUUUUUUAUUACAACCAAUGAACUUUUCACAUUAUACAUAGUCAUUGGACCCAUUGUUAAUAUAAAAGUAUUGAGACCUGCAAAAAAAGAAUAUUCUUAUAAAAAUAAUUCUGCAGCAGGCAGUCAUUUUCAGCAAAAAAGCUCUGAUAAAUCUACUGCAUUUAGUCGCUAAAGAGGAUAUUUUCCCCUCAGGAGUUGGUGGGGACCAAAAACAGAGCUAAAAAAGAGAAAAUGUUGAACUUCAAUUCAACUCAAAUCUAUUCGUGGUCCCAGUGAUGGACAAUGUCAGCAAAUGUAUUCAGGGUUUUAAAACAAGAUGCCAACUGCCUUCAACACAGAAGAUCAAUUUGCAAAGUAUCUCAAAGCCCCCAAUUGUAAAAUUAAAUUUCCAAAAACCAGUUUCCACACAGUGAACCUCAAGCAGUUUGGGCCCCUAGAGGAUGUACGGGUCUGGGGAAACUUUCCAGCUUUUUCCCAGUUGGUUGUCCAGCCUUGUGUAUGAUAUCUUUGUGUAAAGACACAAUGGGUUUCCUAAACAAAUGGAGAACAGUUCAAAUAUUUUAUCUACCUGAAUACUUACUCGUCCGUUUCUUGUUGACGUUGAUGCUCAAAGAAGCAUUUUUAUAUCUUUGCUCAUCUGUUAAUUCUAAAGGUUUAUGUUGUUGCAGUUGGUGUUGUAUUGUAUUUGCAUGUUACAGCAAAGUCUUUGUGGUUUACACACAUUCCAAAUCUGAAAAUAUGGUUUUAUUUACCUUGCUUGACAAUCAAAACGCGUUUCUGCAUAAGUGAUUUUGUACAUUUUUGAAUAAUCUUCAUUCUCUUUUUCAAGAGGAUCAGCCUAAAAGGUGUUAAACUAAGGUUAAAUUACUUUUAUUAUUAUUAUUAUUAUUAUUAUUAGUUCCUUGUCAAUGUGAUCUUUUAAUCAUAUUCAUAUUUAAACCUUGUUGACCGUGUUAGUAAAAUAGUUAUAUCUUUGCGCUAUUGAUUUGGAAAGAAUGUCAGUGAACUUGUUUAUAGCAUGAUGUCCCUUCUGUUUUUGAGAUUGCUUAAAUCCGUACAGUUGACUGUUAUUGAGUUUUAUUAGGCUUAUUCAUUUAUUUUGGCACAUUCCUGAAUCUUCAAAAAGCUUAAUUACAUUAGUAUAUAAAUCCCUUGCUUUUCUUACAUUUCUGUAUACUUUGUAAUUCCAGCUUUGCUGUUGUAUUUUUCCAUGCAUUUUUCUGUGUAAUGUACAGAUAUUUACACACAAUAAAA